AUGGCCGGUCCUGAACCCCAUACCACUACCGUUCCCGCCGCCACGCCCCGCAGGCUCCUGCUCGUCAGCAUCCCCCGAACAGCCUCAAACCUCCUCGCGAAAAUCCUCAAUAUCUCCAACCAGCCCAACCUCGUCACCAACCAAAAAGCUGGUUACUUUUUUUUCCCAGCAUACAUCGAAGCCGCCGCCUCGAAUUACAAAAAAAAAUCCAUUGAUCACUGGACCGACGAUGAAAAAACCCACGUAAAGCACUCCUUCCAGGAGUGUUUUAACACAUUGGAGGAAUUCUCCACACAAGCCGAAAACAAUCACCAAAUGAUGUUCACAAAGGAGCACGCAUACUUUUUCUACAGCCCCGCCGCACUCCUGAAGUCCUACACAGGCAUCCACGAUGAAGAAUUCUUCAAGUCUUUCCGCUUAGACAUGCCGGAGAAGUACGGACCCACCCAGACAUCGUCCCAGUUCAACGAGACCAUUCUUUCAGAUGAGUAUCUGCGUUCGUGGCAGAUGGCCUUCAUCAUCAGACAUCCCGCACUAGCCUGGCCAUCCAUGUACAGAGCCAUGCUCAAAGUGGGCGAAAUAGGCAUGCUGGACGAAGAUGGGGUGAAGGGUGCUUCAUUUACGAAUAUGGAUAUGCGUUGGACGCGCCUUCUGUAUGAUUGGUGUAUGGAGCAGCCUGAUGCACCGGUUCAGCCACCUAUUAUCGAUGCGCAUGAUCUGAUUCAUAACCCUGAGGUUGUGUUGAAGUUCUGUGAGCGGACUGGCUUGGAUAAGAGUGUUGUGCAGUUUGAGUGGAAGGAUAAGAAUGACGCUAAGAAGUCGGCUAAGUGGGAUAAUGGUGAUCCGAAUGCUAGUGCUGAGGAGGUUCAGAAGAAUUUGAGUGCUGCUAGUGUUAUGCUUGCUACAUUGGAGAAUUCUUCGGGUAUUGUUAAGGAUAAGGCGCCGGAGGUUAUUGAUAUUGAUGCUGAGGCAGUUAAGUGGAGGAAGGAGUUUGGGGAGGAGACCGGGGCCCUUGUGGAGGAGUAUGUGAGGAAGUCGAUGCCUGAUUAUGAGUAUUUGAAGGCGAGACGGAUUACUGUCUGA